AUGGUCCGGCCCAAAAGAAAAUGCAGCGACGAGGAAAGGAAACAAAAACAACGAGAAACUGUCAAGAGGUUUCGUGAGAAAAUACGAAAUAAUUCCAACAAAUAUGAAGAGGCAAAGCGUAAUGAACGGGAACGUUAUUACAACAGAAAAGAAGUUGGUAAAAUUAAAUCUAUUUCACAAAUGUCAUACCGAGAACGCAGUCAACAACGAAAAGAGUGGCGAGAACGUAGUAAACGUUGUUAUGAUCGAAAAAAAGAAGGAAAAUUAGUACAUCAAAGAUUGGAAGAAAAUAAUGCUCCUCCAACGCCUCAUCCUAUGUUGGAUGAAGUUCACCAAGAAGAUCGGCGACUACGACAGGGAAAAUUAAAAAUACGGGUACAUCUUCGAAAGCUUAAUAAUAAAAUAGCGGAGCUGACACAACAACUGGCAAAAGAGAAAAAGAAAAGUAUAGAAUGCGAUUAA